CGCAUGAGCAAAGCAGUCGCUAGUCGUCGUCAAGUCAUAGACUCAAUAGUAUCAUCAAUCUUUAAUGUUGAAGCUGGAAUUUAUCGCGUAGACGAGACUGAAUGGGCUAAUGGUACGCGUUCUGAUUUGGUCUUAACUCCUGAUGUAAUUGAUAAUGAACAACGCCCUCUCAUUGUUGAAUUUCAAAAGACUGUUGAUAGAAAAUUUAUAAAGAGAGCAAUGAGCUAUUGCCUUCAAGCUAGUAUUCGAUAUGAUAUUGACCCUGUAAUUCUGAUAGUAUGUACUGGUACAAUAACUGAAUCACUUAAAGAAAAAUUUCAAAAAAACAAACGCUUACCGUUUUGUGUUACGAUCCCCUGCGAUCUUUGGGCUGCCGAGUGCUUAAUUCUUAGCAAGGAAACUAUUGAAGGAUAUAUAAACGUAGAAGAAUCACUCCAUCCCUUGGUUGCUUUUGGAAUGUUUUUAACUUACCAAGCAAGCACAAUCACCCUAUUACCAAGAAGUGAGGAUCCAACUCUCGUUUUAUUGUAUGAGAUUGCAGAAAAAUCUUUCCAAAAAAUGUACUAUAAAGACAUUUCGCUCUUAGAAGAGCUUAAAAAUAUGUGUGACACCCAACUUCAUGACUACAAAAAUAUGAUGACUACUCUUCAAAACAAGGUACAACCGCUUGAUACAAUUCUAACGAGUAGUAUCCAUUUAACCCAAGGCGGGAAACAAAGUAUCACCAGAAAGGCUGACUCAUCAUUAAAACUAUUAUGUUCUAUUGCCAAUUACACUUGACAAACAAAAUACUCAUGCUCCCGAUCCACUGAUAUGGGACAACGUUAUCCGGAAAC